AUGGUGUUGAGAUUGGCGAGGGCGUCCGCACAUAUUGGCGACAAAUGUGGUGAGUACCCACCACCACCUCCCUCCACGGCGUUACUGCGUCCUCCUCUUGCCAUGAAAGGGACUGCUCCCAUCCAUACGGUGCAUCAGCCCUCUUUACACCUCCUCCUCUAUGCCCCACUCAGAGCCUCGUCCUUGACCUCCUUCUUCGAAUGCCUCUUCGCUUCCUACCAUCUUCCCUUCCGGCCGCAACAUUUUGCUGCAUCAUUCACACGCUCUACUGCCUUCUCCUGCUGCUGA